GAAGUUUGGCGAUUUCUCCCCCCCCCCCCCCCCGCUGUACAUUUCAGAGAAAGUCUGCCUGUUCCGCUGUGUGCUGCGCUGGCUUGGCGAUAAGAGGCGCUUAUCUGCACCCUCCAUGCAUGGCACCUCGCAAUAAACAUCGCUCCGGGGGCAAGCGGCGGCAGGCAGAGCCGCUCGUGCAGGGACGCUCGCUAUAAGGGUUUCAUGCAGUGAAUUAUAGGAAAUCAGGAUUUAGCCGUAUACCCCGGGCGCUGGAGCUACUGGCAAGAAUGUCGGUGAAAUUGAGGUUCAGCUCUCCAAGCGACGGUCUCGGCGGAGUCGGAAGGAGCAGGUCCUUUGCGGGCUUCAGCACUUUACAAGUCCGGAAGACCUCGCAAUCCAUACGCAGAAGCUCCGUAAGGUCAAAGCUGUCGGUGAAAUCGGAAAAACUUUACCCCUCCCUGAGGAAAGGAUCUCUCCGGCUGGACCCGCAUCCACACCAAGUCAAGAAGAUCUUCGACGCUUUAAGAAAAGGGCUAAAGGAGUACCUUGAAGAACAUCAAACACAGCUGGAGUUCUUGGCCGGCCAACAGAAAGAUAUAAAAAGAAACUCCAGGCUGGCGUAUUUCUAUGACCUUGACAAGGAAAUCCGUCUAAUCGAGCGACAUAUCCGGAAACUGGAGUUCCACAUCAGCAAAAUUGAGGAACUCUAUGAAACCUAUUGUAUCCAAUGGAGACUGCGUGUCGGGGCCUGUAAUAUGAAACAAGCCUUCUCUAUGUCUCCUUCUACAAAAGCGUCCAGAGAGAGCCUCGUGGAGCUGCUCAGGAACUUCCAAGAAUGCACAGAGGACAUGUGUGUGAUCGAAGGGGCUUUAGAAGUCCACUUGGGAGAAUUCCUUAUUAAAAUGAAAGGCUUAGUGGGCUACGCUCGGCUGUGUCCCGGAGACCAUUACGAGGUGUUAAUAAGACUGGGACGCCAAAGAUGGAGAUUAAAGGGGAAGAUUGAGUCGGAUGAUAGCCAAAUGUGGGAUGAAGAAGAGAGAAUUUUUAUACCCAACCUCUGUGAAAACUUUGAAAUCAAGGUGAUUGAGCUGCGGGGCUUGACUACCAUAUUGGUUGGCGUCGUUACGUGUGACAGCGCUGAUUUCUUCACCACGAGACCAAGAAUCAUUAUUGUGGACAUCACCGAACUUGGAACAAUCAAACUGCAGCUUGAAGUCAUCUGGAAUCCAUUCGACAACAACAAACUUCUGUCGACACCUGGAACAACCACAAAGUUUUCCACAAACACCAGGAAAGCAUCGUUGGGUCAAUGGACACCACCCAACACUCCCAGCUUCAAAGAGAAGUUUUACCUUCAAAACGAUGCAGACAACCCAUAUCCUUCCCUUGAAAAGGAUAUCAAGACACCGUGCAUACUAAGCUAUUUGGCCAACAGCGCGUUGGUUAUGGACAAUAGGAGCCUGGAGCCGAGUCUGAAAAUGACCAACAUAGACAAUCAGAGGAACGCAGACAGCCAUGACGAUGGAGACUUAAGCCUAGUCACAUCAUCCUCUGUUGGUGAGAUUUUCCUUUGUAAGGAAAAUAAACCAGAAGGUUUAUCGCAUCCAUCAAGCCACGAAACCUUAGAUAUACUCCGGGAAACUCCGAGCCGUUAUGGCGCUCUCCAAACCAUGAAACACACAAAGCUGGAUUUCGACCAGGAUACCAGCAUCGGCUCCGUCGGAGACAGUUUGAUGAAUGUAUCGCUUCUGGAGGAGGGAAUGGAAGCCAAGAAAGAACUAGCGCUUUCUAAUGGAAAUAGCAUAAGACGCUCACUCGCGCAUUUAUUGGAGGAGGUUUUGGAACUGCUGAAGUCUGACACUGCAAGGAGGUCAAAGCUCCAGGAAAUGGAGAAGACCGUCUCGAGCUAUAAAGAGAGACUAAAGCAGGCUAAGAACACCGGCCACCAGCAUUCCUCCAUGGACAGCUUGAUGGUCGAGACGGCUCUGGAAAGCUUCGACUUUCUCAACACAGACUUUCACGCUGAUGAGAUAUCUAUGUUUGGCAGCGUUAGGACUCACAGCAAGAGUACCGGCACAGCCCGUGACAGCAGAAUACAGUCAUUUGUGUCUAAUAUAAAGUCUGCGCUGAGUGAACUCACCACUGGAAACGAGCGAUUGGACUGUCUGCUGUCCGUACAUCUGCGGGUCUGUAAAGCACUUCUAAAGAAACUAACUUCGCCCAACACUGCCAGGAUUAUACACAAUCAUCUCUUGGAGGAACUGUUAUGGCAGAAAGAGGUUUUGGAAGAUCUCAAUGUCAUCUAUAUCCAGAAAGGAGAAAACAAUGUAUCCAUUGAAGACCUCCUGCCAAAGGCCAAGAAGAUCAGGCAUUUCCUAAAGCUAUGGAAGCACUGCACGGACCCGCAGUGUGCCUGGUUUUGCUCGACGGACGUGUUCCUCGAUAGAUUAAAAAAAAAGUUUGUGCCAAAAAUCAAAGGGAAAUACCCAGGACAGCUAGAAACAGUUCUCCGGGGAGCGCUGGAGCAGAUAUUUGCUUUCGGAGGUACAAUACCCGCCGCUGAGGUUUCCGCGGAUUUCCUUUCCAUCUUCUUGGUCUACGGAUACCUCAGGAGGCACCACGUCGUGGAUCUUGAAAAACAUCUUACGAGCCUCACCAGAGAAGUCUCGCUCAUUGGAGAUCUCCAAUUACCCGGACGCCUUAAGAAGAUCAAGAAGUUAAAAGCAAAGCAAAUCCUACGACUUCAGCCGCUGCCCCAGUUACUGCGACUUUUAGCCGCCUCUCAGCUGGAUGAAAGCGUCAAGCUGCGCAAAGCCGCCGCUGCGUGCCUGGUCCGGGCGUCUGCGGUCAAACGCUUCAAACACAAGGCAGUGCUGUAUUACACCGAAGUCUUAUCAGAAAAUGACCCAAAACUCCAGCGAGCUGCAUGUUUGGCCCUGAAACAUCUCAAAGGCACGGCCAGCAUCGAUCAGAUCGCCUGUCUCUGCCAGUCUGAAGUGGAAGAGGUCAGAAUUACUGCACGAGAGACCAUCUUGUCAUUUGGUCAAAAAGGAAGGCAAGCUUUUAAGAGGACCGACAAGAUCUGCCGUGAACUCCAAGAGACUUUAACCCUGGAUGGAGAGAUUGAAAUCACAGUAUUCUGAACCUGUAAACAAUGGUGGCUUCUUCAUUACAUUCCGGAUGCGCACCUGUACAGAACACAAAGGUGUAUAAUUGUUUUGCACAUAAAAUACCUUAAUUUAGUGUCGUUGUACUAUUUCUAGAUAGAAUAAAUUAGCCGGUGUACAGCCAUAACGGGUCAAAGUAUAUACAAACUAACACUUUGACCCUAACGUCAUACAAUGUAACAUGACAUUCAUACACAUACGCGGGAACUUUCCAGGCUGGCUCUUUGAAGCGCUCCUGCCAAUGCUCCAUCUCCGUAGGCAGGGGU